AUGGUCGGUCCUACGAUUCAGGAUGACCGUUUUUCAUUACUAAUUCGAUUUGGUACUCACAAAUGUGCACUAACCGUAGAUAUAGCGAAAAUGUAUCGUGAGGUCCUGGUACUCACCGACAAUACUAUUUACCAAAAAAUACUCUUGCGCGAAAAUGAAAACGAGCCUCUUAAAAUAUAUUCGUUAAACACUUUGACAUACGGUACAUCCUGUGCUUCCUUUCUCGCAAUUCGCGCGCUGCCUCAGUUAGCCGACGACAAAGGAGCACACCAUCCAAUCGCAGCUGCCGUUUUGAAAAGAGAUUUUUAUGUAGACGAUCUUUUAAGUGGCGCAAGCAUACAGCACGAAACCUCUAGUUUCGGAGGUUUCAAACAACCCGUCUGA